AUGGAUCGUGCCGUAGAACGAGAUCUAAUCGAGCGGGCCAUCGCCGGCGAGCGGGCAGCCGCGGGUGAGCUGAUCAAAGCUCACCAGCGAUCGGUCUAUGGAUACAUUCUGCGGAUGUCAGGUCGUCAUGAGACGGCUGAGGACAUCGUUCAAGAAGCAUUCGUGCGCGUGCUUGCGAAUCUGCAUCGCUUCGAUUUCCGCUUCCGAUUCUCUACCUGGCUCUUCACGAUCGCUCGGCGUCUGUAUAUGAACGCGGUUGCCAAAUCCAAACCCGCGUAUGACACGGACUUUGUUGGGUCGAUGGGAGGCAAGGGGACAAUGCCUGACGCGUCGACCUAUUCGGAUGAACGCUCGACGACCCAGAAAGACGCGAUCCAAUCAGCACUAAUGCAUUUGUCUGUUGAGCAGCGUGAGAUCAUCGUGCUGUUCCAUCAGCUGGAUUGGCCGAUCGCGUUGAUCGCUUCGCAUCUGGAUAUGCCUGAGGGGACGGUUAAGAGCCAUCUCCAUCGUGGGCGUCGUCGUUUGCGUGUGCUGUUCAAGGAACACAAGCAGCUUGCAUCGUUGUACAAGGACCACUUCGGUGGAGCGUUCAACGAGACUGGUGACGAGGAUCACGAGUCGUUUGAUGAGCGGAUUCCAGGUCGGAUCCCAGAGUCGCUGAUCGAUGCAGCGCUCGAUGGUGAGAUCUGCGAUCGCAUGCAAGAAGAGAUCGCGCACGCACUCCAGUACGAUCACGAGCGUCGCGCUGAGCUUCUUGAGACUGCGGACGCUGUUCGUGCGAUGAAUCUUGAUGACAUCCCGAUGCCUGAUAUGCAGUGCGCUGUGCUGAAUCGACUCGACGAGCAUGAGCGUUUUAUUCCUCGCACGAUGCGCCGCUGGGUCCGCACUGGACGCAUGGCGAUCGCGGCAGGGAUCUUGCUCGGAUUGAUGCUCGUCGCGGGACUCCAGAGUGUGUAUCCGCGUCUGACCACGAUCGGGGCGCAAUCGACUCCUGUCCAUGAUGUCGCGACGGCGGUUGAGCAGGACACACAGCGUGUCGCUGAGAAUGUGCAAUCACAGGUUGCGCAGAUGCGUGCGUCGCUUUCCCCGCUUGAGGGGUUGCUUGCGGCUCCGAAACCAAGCGGAACGAAGACCUUCACCCUCACACUGAACCAUCAAGUCGUGCGAUUGAGCGAGGCCGAUCUCGCGGCGCUCCGUGCUUCGGGUGUCAUGGUGCGUACGGACACGGAGAUCAAUCGAUUCCCCGCACAGUUGAAUCGAUCGCUGACACUUGUUUCAUACGGCGGGGAUGGUCAGAUGCUGAUCAAUACGCAUGAUGGCCUGCGCACGCUCUCGCGAGCAAAGGAGACGCGUGGGGUCGUGGUAGUCACUGAACGGGUCGAGCUGGAAUCUACCAGUGAUGAGUGCAUCGCCGAUCUUCCAUAA